CUCAUUUUCUAAAUCUACAUAUCUCAUUCUCUCUCUUAACUCUCUGUCUCCCUCACAUCUAUCUAAACCUAGCAGAAAUCUCCUACCCAAACCCCAAAUUUUCCCGAACCUCCGAGACCUCUCUAAAAAAAUUUCCAAACUUUCCAAGAGGAAAUUCUCCAAAUUUCCCAGAAAUUUCCCCACAGCCUCAAACUCCCAGCUCUCCCUACCUCUCACCAAAAUCCCAAAAUUCUAGUCCUCUACUAAUAAUCUUUAUCCUGUGCCGUUUCAGUCUGCUUCUGGGCUCGGUGGUGGUGGUGGUCCCUUUGCCUUGCUCUGUCGUUUCGGUCGCUGAUGGUGGUGCCGUACGAUCGUGGUGGAUCGUGGUGGAGGCUGGUGGUAGGGAAGUUAAUUGCUGAGAAACACAAUUUCCGAGAAAUGUAAGGCUGCUAAUAUGGGAAGAAUAUCACUAUGAAUCCUCAAAUUCUUCUCUGCCUGCAAGCAUUUGUGGAGCUGGGAGUACUGAGCUACCUUUUGGAGAGUGGGAAAGACUAUUGAUGUCAUCUGAAACUUUCCCUUCUCAGCUUGGAAGCCAAGUGGGAGAUCAAGUCUCGACACUUAUUAACAAAAUGAUGAUUAGUAAUCAGGUCAAUAUAGUGGGUGAAGGAAUAGUUGGGCGAGCUGCAUUUACUGGAAACCAUCAAUGGAUUCUUUCAAAUAGUUAUGAUAAAUAUGUCCAUCCCCCAGAGAUCUUAAAUGAGAUGUGUCACCAAUUUUCAGCUGGCAUGCAGGUUUGUUGUCUUUAUCUGCCAUCUUCUAUUUUUGUCUAAUCUUUGUCCUGCUCGUUUGGAUCGUGGUGGAGACUGGUGGAGCUAGCAAUGAGACCGAUUCAAUCCUCGCCAAGUCGGGACUUCGGACCAUUCACGUUGGAUUCGAGCAGCGGAUGCCAAAUUCUUGGGAGGGUCAUCAUCGAUUGGAGGCUCGGAUGAGGCUUCGUGCAUUGAGUAUAGAAAAGGUGGAAAGGAUUUGGACUAAAAGCUUCUGCAGCAAUACCUGCUAGGCUGUGUGUUUUGCUUUAAUGGGCAUUGGCAGCUCAUUUCAUGCUCAAGAAACUGCUGUGAGUGGGCAAUUUGAGAAAACUUCAUGUUAUGAUAAAUGGCAGUUCUACUUAGUUUUGUUGCAGCUUUGUUUUCAGCUUUUGGAAUGCGUCUUAGAAUGCUAUCCCAAUGAGGUUGCUUCCUUGGUAGAUUUCUCAUCAACACCUCUUCUUGAGCCAUAUGUCAUUCCCUUGCUUCUUGAAAAACUCUCUUCUUCUAUGCCAUCAUCAAAGCUUGGUGGAGGUUAUCUAUUUGGGUUGCCUUUGGGGUUUGUUGCUGAUUCUAUUGGUGCAACAAUUGGUGCUACAGCUGCAUUUAUUCUUGGUAGAACAAUUAAGCAUGCCCAGCAUCUUACACCUGGGACUGCAGAUCGGUUUCAUGAACUAGGCAUUAUUGCUUCAGUACAGAAUUUGGAAAUAUCUUGUCUUGAAAAGAAUUUGGAUAUGAGACUCGGUGUAGUCACCAAAGAAACUAAACCUGGUCUAACUGUAAGUCUUCUAUAUAUCAUAUUAACUGAAAAUCUAGCUUUCUAGAGACUACAGAGAUAUUGAUUACUGCUAAAUUAUUCAUGCUAUAUUAUAGGAAGAUGACAUACUAUUUAACUGAAACUAAUCUAGAUUUCUGAUGAACACUUAGAAUCUUGUGCAACUGGGAUAUCUAACUGAAACUAAUCUAGAUUUAUGAUGUUUUGACAAUACUAAUUAACUAAAAGCUUCUGCAGGAAUACUUGCUAGGCUGUGUGUUUUGCUUUAAUGGGCAUUGAGUGUGGUAAAUACUGUUCUUUUCCUGUGUACUGUGUUAUGUUUGUUUCUUGCCACGUUAAUGCUCUUGUCUCUUAUCAUUUGCCCAGGGUUAUUGAGAUCAUCUGCACUUUGGUCAGGAAAUUAUCUCCUAAUCUUAAUAGUGCUGCUAUAAUGGCCAUGGGUGUUAACAUCUUGGCAAAGAGAUUGAAAUGAUUGGGGUUCUUGAUUGAGUUUCUAUCCCAUGCUGCCAUUGUUGGGUUCAUGGGAGGAGCUGCCAUUACAAUUGCCCUUCAACAGCUCAAAGGAUUGCUUGGCAUAAAAAAGAAUUUCACAAAGAAGACAUAUAUUGUCUCUGUUUUGCGCUCAGUGUUUAAUUCAACCCACCAUGUUGUAAUAUGAUUUCUUAAGCCUAGAUUAAUAGACUAAAUAUUGUAAUUACAUUUGAGUAAUUAAUAAAAAUCUAUUUAUGUUA